UGUGUGCGGGAUCCCGGGGAGCGGAGCAUCUCUCGGGUUCGCCCGCGUCAGGCCGCGCUCCUGCUCCCCCUCCGCUUUUCCCUCACCGCUAGCCGGGCCGGGCCGCUCGGUUCCUUCUCUCACGCGGCCAUGUCGUCACCGUCCUCUGGAGAGCGGUACGAAGAGGAGGAGGAGGAGGACGGGACCUACGAGAGCCACGCCAAGCGGCUGAAGCCCAGCACGGCCGCCGAGGAAGGCGAGAUCGAGUACAGCGGCGCGGAGGAGACCGAGAGCCGGCGGGACAAGCCUGGACAGCCGCGCGGAGGCGGCUUCUCGGGCGGGGAUGCUGGGGGAAGCCACCACAAGGUUUCUGUUUCGCCUGUGGUCCACGUGCGAGGGCUGUGUGAAUCAGUCGUGGAAGCAGAUCUCGUGGAAGCCCUCGAGAAGUUUGGAACCAUAUGCUAUGUGAUGAUGAUGCCCUUCAAGCGCCAGGCCCUGGUGGAGUUCGAGGGCGUGGAGAGCGCCAAGAAGUGCGUGAGCUUCGCGGCCGAGGAGCCCGUCUACAUCGCCGGCCAGCAGGCCUUCUUCAACUACUCCACCAGCAAGAGGAUAACCCGCCCUGGCAACACUGAUGACCCUUCUGGGGGCAACAAAGUCCUCCUCCUGUCAAUUCAGAAUCCCCUCUACCCCAUCACCGUGGAUGUUCUGUACACUGUGUGCAACCCUGUGGGCAAAGUUCAGCGCAUUGUCAUCUUCAAGAGGAAUGGAAUCCAAGCUAUGGUUGAGUUCGAGUCGGUGUUCUGCGCCCAGAAGGCGAAGGCGGCGCUGAACGGGGCAGACAUCUACGCGGGGUGCUGCACGCUGAAGAUCGAGUACGCGCGGCCGACUCGCCUCAACGUCAUCAGGAACGACAACGACAGCUGGGACUACACGAAGCCGUACCUGGGCCGCCGAGACAGAGGGAAGGGCCGCCAGAGGCAAGCUAUUUUGGGAGAGCACCCAUCAUCAUUUAGACAUGAUGGUUAUGGGUCCCACGGGCCCCUGCUGCCCUUGCCGAGCCGCUACCGCAUGGGGUCUCGGGACACGCCGGAGCUGGUCGCUUACCCCUUGCCCCAGGCAUCCUCCUCUUACAUGCACGGUGGAAACCCUUCUGGGUCAGUGGUCAUGGUCAGUGGGCUGCAUCAACUAAAGAUGAACUGCUCCAGGGUCUUCAACCUGUUCUGCUUGUAUGGCAACAUUGAGAAGGUGAAAUUCAUGAAGACCAUCCCAGGCACAGCACUGGUUGAAAUGGGUGAUGAGUAUGCUGUGGAAAGGGCUGUCACACACCUCAACAAUGUCAAGCUCUUUGGGAAGAGGCUUAACGUCUGUGUCUCCAAGCAGCACUCAGUAGUUCCCAGCCAGAUCUUUGAGCUGGAGGAUGGCACGAGUAGCUACAAGGAUUUUGCCAUGAGUAAGAACAAUCGCUUCACCAGCGCCGGCCAAGCCUCCAAGAACAUCAUCCAGCCUCCCUCCUGCGUCCUGCACUACUACAACGUCCCCCUCUGUGUCACUGAAGAGACAUUUGUCAAGCUGUGUGAGGAUCACGAGGUUCUGGGCUUCAUUAAAUACAAAGUGUUUGAUCCAAAACCUUCAGCCAAAACACUGUCUGGACUGUUGGAAUGGGAAUGCAAGACAGAUGCAGUGGAAGCUCUCACUGUACUUAAUCACUACCAGAUAAGAGUCCCAAAUGGCUCCAACCCUUACACCUUGAAGCUUUGCUUCUCUACCUCCUCCCAUUUGUAGAGAAGAGGGCAGCACGUUCAGAGCCACGGUCACCCGGAUCUGCAAGCCUCCAGACUACACUUUGCUCACCAAGCUCCACCAGUGGUUGUUCUGAUGUUGCCUUGUUUCCACUCUCUUCUAAUCUCUUUGCUCUUGUUUUAUAAUAAUGGAUGUUCCUUCAGAAAUACAACAACAAAACCCCAGGGUUUUAUUUCUUAU